AUGACCACUGCCAACCGGGAAGACUCUGUUUACCUCGCCAAGCUCGCUGAGCAGGCUGAGCGAUACGAGGAGAUGGUCGAGAACAUGAAGGCCGUCGCCUCUUCCGACCAGGAACUCACCGUCGAGGAGCGAAACCUCCUCUCUGUCGCCUACAAGAACGUUAUCGGUGCCCGACGAGCCUCUUGGCGCAUCGUCUCCUCCAUUGAGCAGAAGGAGGAGUCCAAGGGUAACGAGGCUCAGGUCACCAUGAUCAAGUCCUACAGGGAGAAGAUUGAGGCCGAGCUCGCCAAGAUCUGCGAGGACAUUCUCGAGGUCCUCGACAAGCACCUUAUUCCCUCUGCCGCCUCUGGCGAGUCCAAGGUCUUUUACCACAAGAUGAUGGGUGACUACCACCGAUACCUCGCCGAGUUUGCCACUGGCGACAAGCGAAAGGACUCUGCCGACAAGUCUCUCGAGGCCUACAAGAACGCUUCCGAUGUUGCCGUCACUGAGCUCCCCCCUACCCACCCCAUCCGUCUUGGUUUGGCCCUCAACUUCUCGGUCUUCUACUACGAGAUCCUCAACUCUCCCGACCGUGCUUGCCAUCUCGCCAAGCAGGCUUUCGAUGACGCUAUUGCCGAGCUUGACACCCUCUCUGAGGAGUCCUACAAGGACUCUACCCUCAUCAUGCAGCUUCUUAGGGACAACCUUACUCUCUGGACUUCUGACAUGAACGAGCCCGACUCUGAGAAGGAAGCAAAGGAAGAAACAAAGGCUGAGGAGGCUCCCGCCGCCGCCUAG